GCACGGCUACGUUCAUCGGCGACGUUGCUCAGAACUCUCGGGAGCAACAGUCAACAGCAGUUGUCUUUUAAAAACAGUUCGUUCACCAUAGGAUAAGCAGAGCCUUUGUCAAAGAAUAAGCUGCUGCACAUCUGAUCCUCGUUGAUGUACGGUUUUGGAUCUCCAAGUUUCCGCUGGCUAGCCCGUUCGGGAGGCUGAUUAAUAAAUAUUUAGAAGCUGAAAAACUGGCUAAUUCACGCUGUCUUCAUGUACCGUUACGGAUUGUUUAUCGUUCUGCUGAACAUCGGUUGGGAUGUGAGUGCCAAUAAGGGCUUGGAUAGGCUUUUGGAGCUUGGCACGGAUUUCCUGUCAAAAGGCCGAUUUCAGGAUGCCCUGCAGUACUUUCACGAAGCUGUUGAAAAGGAUCCAAACAAUUACUUGGUGUACUACAAGCGAGGAACCGUUUAUCUGGCUUUAGGAAAGGCCAAGCAGGCCUUGACGGAUUUUGACCAGGUUCUAGAAUAUAAGCCCGAUCUUAGUUCCGUUAGGAUUCAGCGGGGCAAUAUUCAUCUGAAAAAUGCUGACUUGGACAAAGCCGAUCAAGACUUCAGGGUUGUUUUUCACGAAAAUUACAAUGACGAAGAAGCACAGAUUGGGAUGCAUAAGGUUAGCUUGGCCAAGGAGUUUAUAGAGAACGCGGAAUAUUCAAUUCAACAGGAAGACUAUAAUUCAGCUAUCGAAGAUUUGACAAAAGCCAUUGAAAUCUGCCCAUGGUCUUUUAACCUUAGAGAAUUACGAGCAAAAUGUUAUAAAAAUGUUGGAGAUCCUUAUACCGCGGUGCACGACCUCAAGUCUGCGCUAAAACUCAAGGUGGACAACACUAAGGGUUACUUUGAGCUUGCUACCCUACUCUAUCUUCUUGGACGUGUUGAAGAAUCACUUGAGGAAAUCAAACACUGUCUGAAAUUGGACCCUGAACACAAAGACUGUUUUCCGUUAUACAAAAAAAUUAAAAAAGUAGCGAAAUCUCUAACUGAUGCAGAAAGGGCUAAGGAGUCAGAAAAUUGGUCUGAAUGUAUACAAAAAGCGAAUAACAUACUUAAGCACGAAUCAUCAGUGGCUGAAGUUAGGUUCAUUGGUUUUAAGUUGUUGUGCAAGGCUCAUACUGCUAACAACGAAGCAAGUAAUGCACUUGAAAAUUGUCAAGCUGCACAGGAUAUUAUUAAAAGUGUAGAUAGCAAUGACGUAUACAGGAUAGUAGACAUUCUCUGUGAUACUGCUGAGGCAUAUUUAUCAGCAGAAUUGUAUGAUGAUGCUGUAAUGAAGUACAAUGAGGCAUUGAAGUUGGAUUCCGGCAAUGAGAGAGCCAAAAGUGGUUUACAGAAUGCAGAACAGCAACGGAAAAAAUCAGAAAGUCGAGAUUACUACAAGAUUCUACAAGUACCAAGAAACGCGAAAAAACAACAAAUCGUCAAGGCGUACAGGAAAGCUGCACAAAAGUGGCAUCCCGAUAACUAUCCAGAUCCUAUGAAGAAAAAAGAAGCCGAGAAAAAGUUUAUUGACAUCGCAGCUGCUAAGGAAGUCCUUACAGACGAUCAGAAGCGUGCAGAGUUCGACGCUGGCAGGGAUCCACUUGAUCCUGAAUCUGGUAGACAUGAACAGGGUUUCCAUUCCUUCCAUAAUUUCCACCAGGGUUCACCUUUCCAUUUUAAAUUCCACUUUAACUAAGGAUAUCGGUAUUUCAUUAAUUUUU